GGAGGAGGAGAGAGGAAGAAGUAGAAGAAGAAGAAGAAGAAGAGGAGGAGGAAGGAGAAGAAGAAGGAGAGGAGGAAGAGAAAGCAAAAGCCGCCCGCCCGGCAUCCUCUGCCAUGGCCCGGGAGAACGGGGACGGCGGCGGCUCCUGGAAGAAGCAAGCGGAGGACAUCAAGAAGAUCUUCGAGUUCAAGGAGACGCUGGGGACGGGUGCGUUCUCCGAAGUUGUUUUGGCUGAAGAGAGAGCGAGUGGGAAACUCUUUGCAGUCAAGUGCAUUCCCAAGAAGGCACUGAAGGGAAAGGAAAGCAGCAUAGAGAAUGAGAUUGCAGUCCUGAGAAAGAUUAAGCAUGAAAAUAUAGUUGCCCUGGAAGACAUCUAUGAGAGUCCGAAUCAUUUAUAUCUGGUCAUGCAAUUAGUGUCUGGAGGAGAGCUUUUCGACCGCAUCGUUGAGAAAGGGUUCUAUACCGAGAAGGAUGCCAGCACCCUGAUCCGGCAGGUGUUGGAUGCUGUCUACUACCUGCACCGAAUGGGCAUCGUACACAGAGAUCUCAAGCCUGAGAACCUGCUUUACUACAGCCAGGAUGAAGAGUCAAAAAUCAUGAUCAGUGACUUUGGAUUGUCGAAGAUGGAGGGUAAAGGAGAUGUGAUGUCCACAGCCUGUGGGACUCCUGGUUAUGUUGCUCCCGAAGUGCUGGCCCAGAAACCCUACAGCAAAGCCGUGGACUGCUGGUCCAUUGGGGUCAUUGCAUAUAUCCUGCUCUGUGGGUAUCCUCCUUUCUAUGACGAAAAUGACUCCAAACUCUUCGAGCAGAUCCUUAAGGCCGAGUAUGAGUUUGACUCUCCAUAUUGGGAUGACAUCUCUGAAUCUGCUAAAGACUUCAUUCGAAACUUAAUGGAGAAGGACCCUAAUAAAAGAUACACCUGUGAGCAAGCAGCACGGCACCCUUGGAUUGCAGGUGAUACAGCGCUCAGCAAAAACAUCCAUGAGUCAGUCAGUGCUCAGAUCCGGAAGAACUUUGCAAAAAGCAAAUGGAGACAAGCUUUUAAUGCCACAGCAGUUGUGCGACACAUGAGACGAUUACACCUCGGCAGCAGCCUGGACAGUGCAAGUGCCAGUGUGUCGAGCACCCUCAGCCUGGCCUCGCCGCUUCCCGACACAGCCACCCGGAAAGAUUGUAUGUCUCCAUCCACUCUCUGUAGUUUUGUUUCAUCUGCUUCUUCAGGCGUUUCUGCAGUAGGAGGGGACCGGAGACCCAGACCCACCACAGUGACCACAGUGCACACAGGGAGCAAGUGAGAGCCGGGGCAGCGAGGAGCAGGCAGGCGGCUGGGCUGGCAGGUUGCCUCUGCGCGAUCCCACCCUGCAUUGCACACUCAGCGAAGGACUAGAAGAAAGAAGAUUUUUUAUGGCCAUAUUUUAUACUGCAAUUCUGAAAUGUUUCAUUUAUCACAAACUGCAAUGACUCCAGGGGGAAUGGAUCUAACAGUCUCUGGUGCUGUACAUAUAUAUACAUAUAUAUAAAUAUAUAUAUAUGUGAGUCUAGCAAUGUUCUAACUAAUGAACACUCAUUCUUUUCCCCAGUGAUUUACUCUUUUCUCAGUGUAGGUUACAGUAUAUGUUGUAUUUUUUUUCCAUUAACUACAAACAUCUCAACUGGAUUAUUUAAAUAGAGAUACUUUUCUGAGCAUUAUAUUUUUUUCUUUUAAAAAGUACUUCCAGUAAUGUCCCUCCUCCCAGUUUGCUGGGGAAUAGGCUAUUUCUGUAGGUAGGAAUUGACGUUAACAUUGUAACACGGGAGGAUUUCAAUGGCAUGCCGUUUCUUGCUCCUCAAAUUGGACUGCAAAUCUGCCUGGCUUUAGCAGAGCUGUUACUGCUCAGAUUAAGAAACUGCUUAUUUCCUUCCCCUCCUCCUCCUCCUCCUUGAAAGCCAUAAAAAAAGUAAAAUUGCCAACAGCUGGGAAUCAGCUCAUCCUUGGCCUCAUUCCUGUAGUGUUGGGGAUCUGUAGCACCCUUGUUUCAGAGGAGAGGCAGGUACACGGUGACAGGAUCUAGCCAGGUCUGAGCAAACAGGAGGACAGAGCACAGUCUUGUCCUGCAGCUCUUACCUUCUUCAAGUCUCUGUUAUGGGCAGAGCGAAAGAAAAGGAAGAUGAGGGGCUGGGACUCGCAGUUGUCCUCUGCCACUGGCUCACUGUGCUGCUCUUGAACAAGGCAUUCGAUUGACCAGCUUCGUCCCAGCCUGGGCUCUGCCAUGGGCCCAUCCAGCCGGAGGGCAUUGUGUCUGAGGUGCUGAGCACCUGCAGUAUGGGGACUUUGCCUGGCACUGCUGAUGCUCAAACCCUCCCAGAGAGGCCAAAACCAAAUAUUGGAAACCAAAUAGAAAAGUUUGGACCUUAAACUCUGCUUGCCCGGGUCUUGCACCCUGGGAGAGGGGUGAUGCUUGCAUCUUUCUGUGAAGCACUUGCAGGUUCUUAACUGCAAAGUGCAGGAUCUGGUGUAGCGUCGCUCCAUCAUGCUUAGCUCCUGCCAAGGGCUGAGGAGAAGCACUGAGCUGGGAAACCAGAGCCUUGCUGAAAGGCGUGGACACAUGCAGGGGAGUGGUGUCACUGCCACCUUUCCUCUCCUCCCCAGAAGCUCAUAUACAAAAGCAAACUCAAUUUCCCCAUGGUUUAAUUGCUAAAUACGCGCAUUUUCCAGGCUCUUGGUGCUGGUUCAAUGUUUAGGAACAAUCACUGUGGCUGUUAUGCAGCCAUGCGUUAAAGCAGCUUGAAAUAGAGAGGAGAGCAAAUCUGCCCAGAUUUGCCAAAGGGCUCUAUGUUACUUCCACGCCAUUCCCAGUUGUGAUUUUCUUCUAGAAGAGAAGUGAGACAGGCAGCAGAGCCAGGCACCUUUCCCCCGGCACUGUUAGCCUCUUGCACACCAGACGUGUCCAUCCCCAGCCAGAAGCACAAGUCAUUCCCUGCAGUGUGCUCUAUUGCCACCCUUGCCUCAUUUAUCCUGCACAAGAAAUUAUGAAAGCCAGUCACAGACACAGCUGAAUGUAUCAGGCAAUAGUGACCGUGCUGGGAAAAGCCAUGAGAUAAGUAUUUUUCAUUGAGACUUCAAAAUUCUACUUCAGCUUCAAUGGGCUGAGCUGGGAUUUCAUCCAUCGUAUUUUGAAUAGGUGGCAGUGAGUGCUGAUUGUAUUUGAAGAGGCUACUCCUUUAGUGGCACUUAAAGCUGUUUCUCCUGAUAGAUAUCCAUUUUCCUCAAUAUUAGGCUGCUCCCCAUUUUUUGGAGGGCUGUGGCACAUCUGAGUGAGGCUGUGGGAGCUGCUGUUUGCCCUGAUAGUGUUGUAACCAGCAUGGAUGCUCAUGCAGAAAGGUGUCAACUUCACAUUUUAGGAAAGGUGCCAGGUACAGUGUCCUGGGGGUUGGUAGCAAAACUCCUUAGAACUUCCCCGGUGAGAACUUCUGACCAAGAUUUGGGAAGACUGACGGGCAGGGAAUCUCCUCACUGCAAGUCACACUCCUGUCCCCAACCCCAGGCUGCUGCCACAGUGUGCUCCCACCCCAUUGACAAAGAGUAGGAAGAGCUUUACUGACAUUUACCCUCAGAGCUGUUUAUGCCUUGCUGCAAAGAUAUAAACCAAAAAAUUAGCGUAAUACAAUUUAAACUUAUUCUGAGGUUGCUUUAUUUUUCCAGCCUGAAUAAGGAAACUUUAGUUUAGGAAAGACUCCUAUCCCAAGAAAUUCAAAUUAUUUUGGAUCCACACAAGGCCAGCUGCCCCUGUUUUGCUCUGGUUGCAGGAAUGUAAAUAGACAGUCCCCUAGUCCGGAGUCAGUGGAGUUGCCCAUGUCUACACGCAUAAAACUAAAAGCAGGAUUUGGUUAGGGAAUAUUUUUGUCUUUGUUCAGUUUUUUUCAAAGAUCAGGGCUCGAGUGUUCUCUCUUUGCUUUCUCUUCUGAGAGCUAAGGUCUAAUUUGAACUUCAUGCAGUUACAGAGGCCACUAAUCAAAAUAGAGCAUUCAAACGUAUCUCACAAAGAAAAAUAAAAGCAAACAGAUUUCCAUCUGCCAGACAAAGAGCAGAGACAGGAGCAGAGGGAGACAUGCUGUCCUGCAGCUGGUGGGGUUCCCGUAUGCUGGCUGCCCCUCCUUGCUGGGUGCUUUCUGUGGUUUUUGUUGGGAGGGGUAUUCUUUCCUUCCACGCUUGGAAUUAGGGUGAUGAGUUUUCCUUCCUGCAAGUAAUAUUCUGCCUGAGUUGUAUAAUUUAUCGUCAUUCUCUUUGGCUUGCUAUCAGCUGCUGGGAUCUUAAGACAAGAAACAGAAGCACUUAAAAGCAAAAUUGUUUCUUUCUGCUACAAUUUCGGGUGGUGGGAAGCUCUUCUUUUGUAUCAGGGAGACACAGCUGGAGACCUGACCGGAGUUCAUAAGAUGUUUAGAGAUCUCGCCUGUCAUUGAGUCUUCAAGUAUCCCUUGGUUAAAACUCAGUUUAAAUAUGAGCAAUAUCUUAACUGGGAUGACUUGGCAGCCCCCAGUCCAGAUUUACAGAGGGAUCUGGAGCUGUUGGCCCCUUGGCAGCACGACCUGGUACAGCGAACGCUCCAGCAUCGCUUGCCAAGGAUGCUCCAGUGCUGUUGCAUGUCUUUCCCCUGCCCCAAUCCACCCCUGCUCAGCCACUCUCACCUGGGAAUGCAAAGCCAGGAGUAAAUAAUGUGUAUAUGUGGGUAAAGGGCUACUGACCCCAAAACAGAAGAUUCAAAAUAAAUUCCCAACUGGCCUUGCCAUGAAGGAGAAGAUAGAAAAAUCCCUCUGGGAUCUUUCCCAAUGGACUGUCCUACUAAACAAUGUGUGAUUUUCUCCUCACAUGAGGACUUCAGCCUGGACUCACCUGUCUGUUACCCUUUUCGGCUUUACUUUACUCACACCGAUGUGGUUUUCCUUUGUAACUUGUUUUCCUCAGCUCCUUCCCCUUCUUUUUCUUUGCUUGCAGCUUUGAUUGUUGAUUUUUACCUCCAGAGUCACAGAGGCCAUCUUUGAUGCCAUCAGCAGUACUUUUGCUGGGAACGCAAAAAUAAAAAUCCAGAACACCUCCAGCUGGUCCCUUAGCCUGCAGAAGAAGUUGUGAGGACAGGCUGCCUGUGAACUCUGCGAGCUGAAAGUCAGUAUUGCAGUGGAAGGGGCUUCUGCUGCUGAUUUUGCAUGUGACUUCAUUCCCAGUACAUCCUAACUUUCUGCUGGAUCACCCCUUCUGCAGCAUGAAAUGGAUAUUGGCCCCAUGGCACAGCUAGCGGGAAAGUAGGAGUGUGGGAAAAACUUGGCAGUGAUGUUUUCCUGAGAUUGUGUUACAUUGCUGGUGAUGUCUCUUCUGUCCUGGUUGCUGUUGUACAGGUGCCAUUAGAGUAGUGGAUGCAGAAAAAAAAAGUAGGAUUUUACCUAUGCCUUGUGUGUCUGUUAUGGUUGUGGUGCUGAAAUAAAACCAAGCAAUGGUAGAGAUCCGUUCCUGAUAUGAAUCAAACCACAAAAAGAGGUGUGAGCCCACUGGUAGACAUCUCUAUGUAGUUCUGCAGUGAGCAUUAGAUGGGGAUUUCCACUGUGCGUGUGUCCUGCAUACCUCCGUGGCUACUGACAAGUAGUUUUUCUAUAACCAGUUCUCCUUCUUCUGCCCAGUCCUGAAGGACUUCAGGGCUUGUCCAGAGGUUUUCCCAGCCGCAGGAGUCAACACAGCCACUGACCUCUGUUUUUUCUCCCCUAACCCUCUGCAAACAAGAGUAUGGACCGCAAAGGCACCGAAGAAAUGCAAUGGCAGCUGCCCCUGAGGCUUCCCCUUCCUGAAGUGGAAGAAGCCCCCAGGGAAAGCCAGAUAGCUUUUAGCCAUUGAUGAGCAGGGAGAAUAUUAUCCUUUGAUGUGAACCUGGUGUUAACUAAAUUGGAUAUAGGGAAGCCUGUGUUAUUAUUUCUCCCUUUGAUAACAACCCCAGAGCAGAGCACCACUAGGUGAGCAUUGCAUAAAAACACCAGACUGAUUUUGCCAACAAGUUCAUGCAGACUGUUGCCUGUUGCUUUUACUCUUCCCAAAGAGUCAGAGGAUUCCUCUGCUGGCAAAAUAAGCUUUGAGACUGAGCCGCAAGGUAAAGAGUUAUCAUCCUUUCAGUGUAUGGAAAUUCGCAUUUAAUGGGAUUACUUGCGUUCUUGCUCCCAUGUGUACUUACUCAUCUGAUUUGAGGAUAGAAGUCAUUCAUGGAAAGGGAAUUUUGCCUUUGUUAUCAUGCUUACUUACACCAAAUACUUGGUGCUAAGAAUUACACUUAUUCAAGCAAAAAGCAGAAACACACCUGGAGACUGCACUAUCCUGGGAAAACAGCAUCAAAACCAAAUGUGGAGGAUUGAUCACAGGGAGCAGUGACUGAGUGACGAAAUGGCAACCUGCUCACUAAUGUUGCACAGACAGGGUUCCCCCUGGUAAAUUCCAGAUUUCUUGCCCAGCAGCAAGUUCCGCACAACCCCUUUUGUUUUAACUCACAUCCCUCCAGCCGGGUCCUACCUUCUUAUCCUAUCUCCUGGGGUGGUCUGGUCUCCAUGACACGUGUGUGUAUGCAUGUGUGUGCGUGUGUUUGUGUGUGUUGUGGCCCCAGGGAUCACAGAUCCCACCUGGGAGACCAGGAGUUGGUUCAGGUUUUUUGGUCCAAUUUCAAAUGGUUGGGUCAAAGCUGUGUAAAUAGUGUUUAUAUCGGAGGAUAAAGGCUCUUUAUCCCAGACUCUGGUUUUCAAAACCCCUUUCCCACCAUGAACCAUUCCACUGAUCUGUCCAGGUAGUUAUUUUUUUCCUCCUCUUCAUAAAUGAUAAGAUCAGAAGAGCGGCUCUUAUGUUUUUUCCAUACUCCAGAGUGAAAUCAGGGCAUGUAUGCUCUCAAGCGUUGUGUAAAAACACCGCUUAACUAAUGGUGACAUCAAAUGUCCAAUAAAUGCAUGAUACUGCACUGCAUGUAUUAAACUGCUGUUCACUAUUUCUGUAUUUCCCAAGGCUUUUCUUUAUGCACAUUCAACCUAACCUUUUCUUCAGGGGGUUUACUUCUAUGUUUUGCUUUUAAAUGACUCAAUGUAUCUGUAACUCAAAAUCCAUUGUUUGAGUAAAUGCAAAGCUGAUAUUUUGUAAACAAGAUACUGCAAAGCCUAGUAAUGUAUUCUGUCUUUCUGUUGAAUGCUCUGCAGCAUGUAGAGGAAGAGUCACCAUCCAGAGCAGCUUACAACUCUGCAGCCGUCACUAACACACAUCUAGAAACAGGGAGUCGGGGAGGGGAGGGUCCCUUUUCAGUACACGACUUAAAAAUUUGAUCCCCAUCAAAAAUUCCUUUCCUGAGCUGCUAACGCUCAAGACUACCAAGAAGCAUGUUGGUGUCUCUUUUUUCUUUUUUUUUUUCAGAUGUUAUGUUUUUCUUUGUCAAAACUUAGACUGAUUCACUAAAAUCACUGUAAUAUUUAGUAUUUUUCUCUUUCUGCAAGAUAUUUCUUUCUCUCCCACUGCAGAAUGAACUGCAUUUUGAGGACCAAGAUGCUGUGAUUAUUUGCCUGCACAAACCAGGGCAGAAAGCUGAGCUAAUUACCCCAAUCUUUCCAAAGCAUCACCACCUAAAUUUAGUGCUUGAAUUUCCAUGGCUUAACACCAUUUAUCUGUGGAAGAGUUUGGUGUGGUACUUUUCUUUCUUCCACAUGGAAAUCGUGGCCUUGCCUUCUCUUCCCCACUGACCCAUUUUCAUCUGUGCUGGUCUUUCUAAGGCAGGGUACAGGAUGGACACAUGGUACUCGUAAUACCUCCGGCCCAAUCCUCUUGUGGGCAUCAGCAGGGCACUGGUCCCAGCUCCUGAGUGGUUGCUGUGUUAGCAAUGGAAGAUUCUGAGAUUCCCAAUACUCAAAGCAGAGCCCUCUGAAUGGGCUGGGACAUUGCUUUCGGUUCCUGGCAAGGGCGUGCCAAGUAGCGGGGCUGGAGAAGAAGCACCAUGCCGGUGAUGUAGGAAGCAAGUAUCAGUCCUUGGAAAUUAUACUAGGGACUGUUCCGUGGUGGCAGAAGGCAUUGAGAAUUCUUAAGCCCACCUUCAAAUCUGGUGCUCAGACAGGAGGUUGUGCCGUUGCUGAAGCACUACAUGCCAGCAUAAAAAAUGAUCAUUAAUAAUGGUUGUAGGCCAGAUUGAGUUCAGAUUGCUGAGGCAGCACAUGAUGCAAGGCUCCAUCAUGAGGAGCGCAUGCACUGCGAUUCCUGUUGGGUGGGAGCUCCUCGGGGAGUGCUCAGGGUAGCUCUGAGCUUUUCCAUCUCUCAUCUGCAUCCGCUGAGCCACCAUAGCAUUGCAUACGCUAUGUCUUACUAAGUCAAGCUGUAGCAUGACCCCCAAAAUGGAGCGUGUGGAAGGUUGUAGCUCAGUGGGAGAUAUGGUGUGACUCAUGUUUCUGGUCAACAAAAUGUCAGCAUCCUGUUCUUCAUUGGCCUCUAGUUUGAGAAACAGCAUUUUGGACAGUUUGGGCCUUUUUUCAGAUAGGUAUUUGAUUUGGGUCAGCAAACAAUGAAAAAAAGCCCAGUCUGCCCAGACUAGGGACUCCCCAAAUAUCCCCAACUGCAAAACAUCUCUUAGUUGACUUUUAAUGAAAAUACGAGCAUGUUUUCUACAAAGGCUUAAAUCUUAACCAAGGAAUGUCAGUGUGCCUAAUAUUGCAGGUCUUGUGAUUGAUACAAGUUCAUAACAGCAUCUGUGUCCAAACAGAAGGAAGAAUGUGUAUUUACUCCAUGCAUGUAUUAAGGCAUUGCAAAAGUUUUAUCUGCAUAAUGAGUUUGCAUUAUUGCGAAUUGUUAAUGGGGCUACGUCGCAAGCGGUUCUCUGCCUUGACAAUCAUGUAUACAUAUCGAGAUUUCUAUCAUAAUGACAAUUUAAAGGGAUGACUAAUUGUUUUCCUCCAAUAAAUCAAAUUAAAUCA